GUUCUCAGCCAGGCUCUACCUGGCAAGCUGCACCACGCUGUGACAGAGGGAGCGAACUUCUGAGCAAGCUCUGCAGUGGCUGCUGCCGGGCUUCUUGUGGUUUCCUUCUGGAGUGAGAGCUUGGCUUCUUCACCUGGCCUUCUGGAGAGAGAUGAAGGGUAAGUCAGCAAAUCAGCUCCACGCACUGCGAGCAUCCUCUGCUUUCAGCCAUCGCACAGAUUAGCUCGGGUUGGGAUUUGCCGCUAGCUGGGCGAGAAAACGUCUGCAGGCUUCCCCCCCACCUCCCGGGGAGCAAGCAAAUGCUUUAAACAUGCUGCAUGCAGGCAGGGAAAUCAACGGGGAACGCUCCUGAUGCUAUUUUAAACAGAAAACCGCUAGCUAGCGACGCUGAAUCCAGCAGGGCUGCAGAAAGCCAGGAGCAGCAAGCAGCAGAGGCACCGGCUUCCUGCCCGUGCAGCAGGGAAGCGUUUGCACCGACGCGUGGGCUGCUCGGAGGGUCUGCUUCGUUGGUGUGUCUCCUCCCGACGCCGCCGUGGCAUUGACAUGUCGGCUUCUAGAUGCCUCGGCGUCCCGCGGGCAGCUCCGGGGUUAAAAAUGAUCCGCAGCUAAGCCGUCCAAAGGGAUCCUCGCUGCCGCCCAUAUUAAUCAGCCACUCGAUGGGGAUUAACAGUGGAGCACCUCUUUGUGUCGCCUUUCCACCUCUCUGUAGCAAGAAUAACAACUUCAGCACUUCUUCAAUAAUAAUUAUGAAACUGGUAUUAACUGAAUGGCAAUUAUGGAUUUUUAACUCUAACUCUCAGUAAACCAGCAAGCCAUAUGUUGAAAUUCCUACCAAAUAGCUUUUCGUCCUCGAUGUCUCGUAUCUGUACAAGAAGUUGCAAGGUUCCUGUUUGUACAAGAGGAAUAUAAGCGUUUACUUGCCUGAGGAACAGAAGCUGAAAGAGAAGACACCCUGACUUGUUUGUGGAGUUAUGGUAGUGUUAUUUAUAUAGAUAUAACAAAGAGAUAUAUAUAUAUAUAUAUUUUUAUGGUAAUGAAAAUGGCUCCCCAGAAUGCUGACUCGGAAUCUAUGCAAGUUCAAGACCUACCUGUGGCACAGCUUCAGAAACCAGAAAACAAGGAGAAUGAAAGCAGAGAGGAGACCAUUAGCGAAGGGUCCAUAGACCGGAUCCCGAUCCGCCUGUGGGUGAUGCAUGGCGCGGUCAUGUUUGGCAGGGAAUUUUGUUACGCCAUGGAGACGGCUUUGGUAACGCCUGUAUUGUUACAAAUCGGUCUUCCUGAGCAAUACUACAGCCUCACUUGGUUCCUCAGCCCUAUCCUGGGCUUGAUCUUCACUCCGCUUAUAGGUUCAGCUAGUGACCGCUGCACGCUGAGCUGGGGCCGCCGGCGGCCUUUUAUCCUCGCUCUCUCCAUCGGUGUCCUCUUUGGAGUUGCACUUUUCCUUAAUGGCUCUGUUAUAGGUCUGGCUAUUGGCGACGUCCCGGACAAGCAGCCCAUCGGUAUAGUUCUCACGGUGCUUGGCGUUGUGGUGCUGGACUUCUGCGCCGAUGCAACGGAAGGGCCAAUUCGGGCGUACCUGUUGGACGUGGUGGACAGUGAAGAACAAGAUAUGGCCCUUAACAUCCACGCCUUUUCAGCUGGUCUCGGAGGAGCAAUCGGUUACAUGUUAGGAGGGCUGGACUGGACACAGACCUUCUUGGGUGUUAUUUUUAAAUCUCAAGAGCAAGUCCUUUUCUUCUUUGCAGCCAUUAUUUUCUCAGUCUCCGUUGCUCUCCACCUUUUCAGCAUUGAAGAGGAGCAAUAUAACCCUCAGCAGGACAGGAUUGACGACGAAGGAGACACCCUUUCUAGUGUCAAAUUCAGCGGCAGCCUCCCGCCUCUGAAUCGGCUGAAUGUGAUCAGUGAGGAGGAGCCGUACGGAGCCUCGAUGUUCCACGACGAGGUUCAGUCCGAGCACGAUCUCAACAUGGAGUUCCUUGAGGUGAACAUUGUGAGGAGUAAGAGCGACUCCGUUCUGCACAUGCCCGACGCCACUUUGGAAAUCGAAUCAGAGCUGCUUUUCCUGCAUGACAUCGAACCCUCCAUUUUUCAGGACGCUUCGUAUCCAAACACCCCCCACAACACCAGCCAAGAGAUGAUGAAGUCCAAACUGAACCACCUGUCUCCUUUCCUCAGGGACAACGAGAAGGAGGAGGAAAUGUUGCUCGAUAAUCGCUUAAAUGAAGACAAAGUCCCAAACGUGAACGGCUCCCUACGAAAAGAGUUCCUCAACGGCCACGCUAGAAUAGGCAUGAAGCAGUCCAGCACUUGCAACUCCAUGCGGAGGCGGAGGCACAUGUUCUACCGGCAGCCCUCUUACACUUUCUCCUACUAUGGCAAAAUCGGCUCUCACCGCUAUCGCUUCCGUCGAGCCAACGCCAUCGUCUUGAUAAAGUCCUCGCGCAGCAUGAACGACAUCUACGACAUGCAGAAGCGGCAGCGGCAGAGGUGCCGGCACAGGAACCAGAGCGGCACGACAAACUCGAGCGGAGACACCGAGAGCGAGGAGGGGGAAACUGAAACCACUGUCAGACUCUUGUGGUUGUCGAUGCUGAAGAUGCCAAAGGAGCUGCUGAGACUGUGCGUUUGUCACCUCUUAACGUGGUUCUCGAUCAUUGCUGAAGCUGUGUUCUACACGGACUUCAUGGGCCAGGUCAUCUUUCAGGGUGAUCCAAAGGCCCCUUCCAAUUCAACGGAGUUACAUGCCUACAACGCGGGAGUUCAGAUGGGAUGCUGGGGGCUGGUGAUUUAUGCUGCUACUGCUGCCGUUUGUUCAGCCUUGUUGCAGAAAUACUUAGACAACUACGACCUUAGCAUAAAGGUGAUCUACAUCCUGGGCACACUGGGUUUUUCUCUUGGCACUGCAGUGAUGGCUAUGUUCCCCAACGUGUACGUCACCAUGAUAAUGAUCAGCACGAUGGGAAUAGUCUCCAUGAGUAUCUCCUACUGCCCCUACGCGCUUCUGGGACAAUACCAUGAGAUUAAAGAGUACAUUCACCACAGCCCUGGGAACUCCAAGCGAGGAUUUGGCAUAGACUGUGCGAUUCUGUCGUGUCAGGUUUACAUCUCCCAGAUCCUCGUGGCCUCCGCCCUUGGCGGCGUGGUGGAUGUGGUCGGCACGGUCAGAGUCAUUCCCAUGGUGGCUUCGGUGGGAUCCUUCCUGGGGUUUUUGACAGCCACCUUCUUGGUGAUAUACCCCGAAGUCAAUGAAGAGCCGAAGGAAGAGCAGAAAGGACUGGGUCCUCCAGAGACCACCGAGGGCAGCAGCACGAGCGCGGAGAAGCCGACCGUCCUGAAGCUCACGCGCAAGGGCACCGCCGCGUCAGAGCUGGAGAGCGAGUCAGCCGUGUGAGGCCGCCGUGUGUUCACCACAUUCCAGGGAGUGCAGGUGCAGGAUCGAGAACUCUUUUUUUUUUUUUUUCCAGGAAAACAAAUUAGGAUCUUCACAACUUGUAGCUAAAAUUGCAGAAGAAAAGGCAGUUUCAUGCAAAAAUGUAAAUGAAAUUCUGUAGUCCUUAAUAUAGGUUUGAACAGGUAGCUAUGAUGCUAAUUGCUUUCUCUACAACUUAGAAAUGUCAUUUCUGAACACUUUUUUAUUACAAAUACAUUUAGGUUUCAAAUAAGUUUUAUUAAUCUGCAUGAGACUCACAGUGUAUACAAUUAGCAGUUAGAAAAAAUUAAGUUCUCAGCUGUUUUUAAACUAACUGAAAAUGGAAGCUAACUCGCCUCCUAGUCUCUUGCCGUUUUUUUUGUCUGAACAUUUCAGAUUCCACUAGUGCAGUAGCUGAAGCAAACGCUUUGACACCUUGAUCAGUUUUUUUCAGGAGCGUGUUAUUGGUCCGACAGCUACAGUUCUUGGACGUUAAUUUUAGGUUUCAUGGUUUUGUUAGUGCAAUUACUGCAGAAUAGUUUUAUUUUCA